GCCCAUUAUAGAAGAAAUGGGUCACGAAACGCAGCGUAUGAGAACGACGACGUGCGUCGUCUAGGUAGCUUUGACUGCUGGCUGCUCCGACGCUGAUUGUGCAACGUUCGCAAGGGGUGACGGAAAAUCCCAGUGAAUACAGAGAGACAUGUCAAGGUUUCGAUCAUUGUUGCAAGCCUCAGUAAAUGCAACGAAGAAGGCUUUUACGUGGAACAUUGAAGAAUGGAUACCACCUGCAGAGAAGUAUAUAUUUAAGUUCCAUUCGAAAGAAGACUUGAAGAGAUGGCAUCUCUAUUCUGAUUCUCAAUAUGGAGGAUUAUCUUCGGCUUCCUUGGAGAUCCCAGAUGGAGGAAAAGGAUCAGAUGGAACUGGAAUUUUCUCAGGGAACCUUUCUGUAGACCUCAGCGAGGGAUCAAAGUUGAAUAUCAGUCGGAGUGGCUUCUGUGGAAUGCGCUCAAAGAAGUUUGAUGGCUUUAUUGAUCUCGACGGGUAUGAUGCAAUAGCCAUGAGGCUUAGAGGAGAUGGAAGGUGUUAUAUCUCUACCAUCUAUACGGAAAACUGGGUGAACUCACCGGGACAAACAGAAGAUAACUCGUGGCAAGCUUUUGUCUUUGCUCCAAAGGACAGGUGGUAUACUGCUAAGAUCCCUCUAGCUCGAUACUUGCCAACGUGGAGAGGAAAUGUUAUAGAUGUGGAAAUGGAGAUGAAUCCAGGUCGAGUUCUGGGUAUGUCACUGUCGGUAAACGCAGAAGGUGGUGCGGUUGGAGCUAAAUCAGGAGCAGGUGAUUUCAGAGUUGAAAUUGACUGGAUCAAAGCCUUGAGAAUGCCAUGAAUGGGUGAGAAGCAUUAUUGGCAAUGUAUGAUGUCUUCUUUGUUUUUAGCUUUGUGAAAACCAGGCCUGAGUUGAUACUUGGUGGCCAAAUAGAGUGUUGAAUUGUAACUGGUCAACACUUUGAGCAAUGUUUUAACUAUGUUCAUCGAAUAAAAAGAACAUGACACAGAUCAAAAAGAUAUUAUCGUUA